UUACCACACUACCUUACCGAUUCAAUAAAUUGACAUUACUGUUGCCUUAUGAACGCGCCCAUUGUCAAAAACAUAUGUGCUGGCGAAACAAGCAACUGCAGCCAUUUCACAAAUCAUAGCAUAAAAGAAAUUACAAGUUCAAGUUUCGCUUCAUAUUUCGCGCCUAAAUUAACAUAAACUAAACAUCUAUUUUUAAAUUCAUAAAUUCAAAAUAUCUUUUAAAUAAAUAAUAAAACAAUGUCGACAGUUCGCAGAUCCACAAGACUGAGUAGUGUAAGUAGAACACCCACCAAACCGGACAACAACAAGUGGCGGUCAAGAAACCAAAUUAUAAGCCUUGACACCAGUGACGACGACGAAGAAAUCGAGAAUCGUAACAUGAAUUUUACUCCUAAAUCUCCCAAAACACCAAAAUCAAAAACCAGACCCAGGCCCAAGUCUAAGCGAAAAGUUGUGGAAUCUGACAGCGAAGAAUCCUCGUCCGAUGUAAGUUCAAGAAACGCAGGUGUCUCGCCACCAAAGCAAAGCCGACAGCAAAGAUCACCUAAAGACGAUUUGCUCAGUCCGUCGAGGCUUCUCGAUCGGUUGAGUAUUGAUGAGGAUAGGGCGGAGGAGAAACAAAGACAAAUUGACGAAGCGAAACGAAACAAAUUCCAAAAUGCCCGACGAGUGCUCAACAGUGCGGAAACAAAUUUCUUGCCGGGACGCGAAAAGGAACUCGAAGAACUACGAGAAUUUCUUUUGGAACAUAUGGAUGGGGUGAAGUCAGGUAGCUUGUACGUUUCUGGGCAACCUGGAACCGGCAAGACGGCUUGUCUAUCGAAACUACUAAAGUCUGAAGAGUUUGCCAAGAAAUUCGUAAAAGUCUACAUCAACUGCACAUCGAUCUCAACUAUAGGUAGUAUUUACAAGAAAAUUUGUGCCGAACUCAAUCUCAAGGUGGCUGGAAGAACAGAAAAAGACCAUCUAGCUGCUGUGCGGAAACACCUAACGUCGGACCACAAGGUGAUUCUUAUGGUUCUGGACGAGAUCGACCAGCUCUGUGGGCAGAAACAGUCUGUGCUCUACACCAUCUUCGAGUGGCCUUCCAUUGUGAACUCAAAAAUCAUACUCAUCGGCAUUGCCAACAGCCUGGAUCUGACGGAUCGGAUGCUGAUGCGACUCAACGCCAAAUGCGAGCUCAAACCACGACUGAUGCACUUCUCUCCCUAUACGAAGCAGCAGAUAGUGGACAUAUUCAAAUCACGCCUUGAAGAGGCUAAUGUCCUCGAUAUCUUCCCUCCGGUGACGAUUCAAUUGUUGGCUGCAAAAGUCUCUGCCAUAAGUGGCGAUGUUCGGAGAGCUCUAGAUAUUGGACGUCGUGUGGUUGAAAUCGCCGAGCAGCAGAAGAAAACCGGAGGAGCUCUCAACCUCUCCGAAUUUGGAAUCGAAACUCGUCCUGAACCCGAAGCGGAGCAAAAGCCAGUUCAGGUGAAUCAAGUCAUGAGCGUCUUGAAUAAAGUCUACGGAGCAUCGCAAAAUCUCAAUGACGACAUUGAAGAGUCAUUCCCUCUUCAACAGAAAAUCAUCCUCUGUUGCCUGAUGCUGAUGCUGAAGAAAGAGAAGAACAAGGACAUAACGAUUGGACGCCUCCAUGAUGUCUACAAACGUGUGUGUUCUAAAAGGAAUAUUCUCGCUGUUGAUCAAGCCGAGUUCGCAGGAUGUGCCGAUCUUGUGGAGACUCGUGGAAUAAUUCGAGUCAUCCGCCGCAAAGAGCCACGACUCAACAAAGUUCAACUUCAAUGGGACGAAGAGGAAGUCAAUGCAGCUCUGCAGGACAAACAACUUAUAGCCUCAAUAUUAAACGAUUCUUCAUGUUUGGGACGAUAAUUUUAAGAAAA